AUGUUUGGAAGCGCAAAGGUGGCUCUGUCGCUCCACGCGGCUGCCGCGGCCGGUGAUGCGGCAAGGGUGGAGUCGCUUUUGGAAGCCGGGGCGGACGCAGGAGCAGGCAACGAUCGCGGGUGGACGCCGAUGUACGUGGCGGCACACUACGGACAUGUCCACAUCAUCAAGAUCCUUGCGGGAAGUCCAAUAGCCGAUGUCAAUGCGCCCAACUCUCGCGGAUGGACGCCGCUGCAUGUGGCGGUGGUCUGCGGGCAUGACGAUGUGGUGGACUGGCUGGUCAGCUGCGGCGGAGCCGAUGUGGAUGCCGUCUCGGUUGCCGGCGAAACGCCGCUGAUCCUUGCCGCCAAGCACAAUCGGACCAACAUGAUUGACAUUCUCCAGUCCAGUGGAAAGGAACCGCCAGCAGGCUGGCUCGCAUCGGGCUCGGUGGCUGAGUUUGAUGCUCCGCGCGCCAAGCUCCUCGCGCCGGUGCCUCGCGACGCCGAUGGCGCCGUCGACGUGGCUGCCUGGGUGGUGAAGAUGGACGAUGAAGGGGUGUUUCAAGCCCAUGCCCAACAGUGGACACUAAUGCACCUGGCUGCAGCCACAGAGUCUCCAGUUAUGGUCCUUUGGCUCGUCACCCACUGCCCGGAAUUGAUCAGCGUCGUGGACGGCAACGGCGCGACGCCGCUGCACUUCGGCACUGCCUCCAUCCGAGUUGUGCAGAUCCUGCACAGUCAUGGUGCGAGCUUGUGCCAGCUUGAUGCCAAUCGCCACAGUCCUGUGGACAAGGCAAUUGCGGGUAACCACGUGCCGUCGCUCAAGUGGAUGGCGCGAUGCGCUGGAAAGGCGAGUUGCACCAAGUGCGGCACCAUCCUCCUGCACUCGCUUGUCAUGUCCGGCAAUGUCGAGACGCUAAUGUCUGUCAUGCUAACGUACACCGCAGGCAUGUUGUCGUGGUCUUCGCCAAACGGGCAAUCACCGCUUCAUCUAGCUGUCGCGCUCGGCAACACGGCGAUGGUCGAGGCACUGCUGGCGACAGCUGUCGGUCCAACGGCGGCCGUUCCUACUCGCACUGCCGAGGCCGACGAAGAUGACAAAAGUGCCAUCGCAUGGAAGAAGGAGGAGGCCCUGCUGCGUGGCGGAUGGUCCAAAGGCGUGCGGUUUGCAGCCGACGCCGCGGACAUCGUCUUUUCAUGGCUCUCGAUGCUCAACGAGGACGGCGAGGCACCGCUACACAUUGCAGCCGCCCUUGCGACCGACAACGAUGGCCUGGAGAACACCAUGCAUGUUGUUACUAUGCUCCAAGUUCUCCGUGAUGCCGGUGCCGACAAGACUCUGCGGAACAGUCGUGGGCAGCUCAUCCUCCACAUUGCGGUGGAGCAUGCGAUCGCGGCCACGAGCAAGAUCCUGGAUGCGAUCCCCGGGUACGUUAUGAUGUUUAACGCCGACGCGAACGCAUGCGACGGCAGCGGCUUGACCGCGCUUCAAUGCGCAGCGACUGCAGGCGCGACAACGGUGAUCCGAGUCCUGCUCAAGGGAUGCAGCGUCGACGCGCGCGGAGCGGACCACACCACUGCGCUUCACUGCGCAGCGGCUGGCAACCACGCCAAUGCCGUGUGCAUGCUUGUAGCCGAGGGUGCCGACACCGAGGCUCGUGACAGGCUGGGCGCUGUCCCGUUACACUACGCCGCUAAGGCAUCUGCGCUCGAGUCUGUUGCCGCUCUCAUCCGGUGCGGCGCCGACGUCGACGCGCGUAAUGACCGGCUCGAGACUCCGCUCCAUGUUGCGGCCAAAACGAUGGUGCCAGCACCUUGGCGCGGCUUCUCCAAGCCGGUGGCUCAUCCGGCUCACGCUGUGCUGCUCUCGCAUGGUGCUGACCUGCGGGCGCGCGACGAGGCUGGGCGAACUCUCGCGCACUUGGCCGCCAUGGUGGGCCGGCUGGAUGUCAUCGAAGUGCUGGCCGUUCACGAUAUUUGCCUUGUGGCCAAAGCCGGCGUCGACGAACUUGGCGCCACUCCGCAGCUCUACGCUUCGGCGUGCGGCGACGUGGCCAUGGUGGCCUAUCUCAUCCUCUCCGGCGUAGACUCUACCCAGUUGGCAUCUGAUGUCGCCAUCGGUAACCUCUGUAUUCCUGAGACCAUUGUGACCUUUCUCGCUUCCGUUGAGCUCUUGGGAGCUACCACCCGCGACGCUGUCAUCGCAGCACUUCCCGAGGCCAGCGCCCGCGCCGUACUUGCCGGCGCUGCCCUCCCGCGCUGA